GACGAGUGCCCUCUUUCCUGCUCUAUAAGCUCCAACCGUUACCAACAUAUCCUUCGAAAAGAACUGAAGAAACACAAAAAAAAAAUGAAGAGACAGCAUCACUUUGUCGUAAUUCAGUUCUCUUACACAUUUCUUUUCAUCACCUUGUUCAAAUGGAACGUCCUACCCCAGAAUUUGCCACCUCUGAGGUACGAUGGGUUCGUAUACGAGAAUCGCAAAGGUGGCUCGGACUCCAUCCUGAUCGAAGCUUUCUUUGACCCUGUCUGCCCAGAUUCCAGGGACAGUUGGCCACCUCUCCAAAAAGCUCUUAAACACUACGGUUCUCGUGUUUCGCUCGUCGUUCACCUCCUCCCUUUACCCUACCACGACAACGCAUUUGUAGCUUCCCGCGCUCUGCAUAUUGCUAACAUGCUCAACUGUUCGUUUACAUUUCCUUUGUUGGAGCAGUUCUUCAAGCAUCAGGAGAAGUUCUAUGGUUCCGAAACAAGCAAUUUGUCAAAAGAUUCCAUCGUGAAGGAGAUCGUGAAGUUUGCGACUGUAAUUGUUGGGAAUUCCUAUUCUUCUCCAUUGCAAUUUGGUUUUAAUGAUAUACAAACUGAUCUGAAAACAAGGGUUUCCUUCAAGUAUAGUGCUUCAAGAGGGGUAUAUGCCACUCCCUUUUUCUUCGUCAAUGGAUUUGGAUUGCCUGGUGCCGGUUCUGCUUUGGAAUAUAAAGUUUGGAGAAGCAUUAUCGAUCCGUUGGUUGGUGCAAAGUAGUCAGAGCAUCAAUCUUCCACAUUUCAUUCCAUGAAGGAAAUUGUCUGCAAGACCUCAGGCACCUUGUUUUAUGCUUCGUAUAGAAGAAAGAAUCGACACAGUACUACAUGGUGUUAACACCUGUAUCUCUCUGCUUGUAAUUGCUAAUGAUAUUACAAUAAAACGUUUUUAUUUCUACUUGACUGA